AUGGAUACUGCGUACGAUCACAUCCAAGAGGAGAUUUACUCCUCUAAUGGCUCGAAGAAAGACGACUCACAGGACGGCUCCGCUAAACCCCAAUCCAACGUCGACCUCAACACCGAAUUGCAAGAGACGUUCCGCGCCUUCUCCGCGAGCCCCUGGGGUGUUCGCAUCGGUGGCUUGUGGGACAAUGUUCGCAAACAAAGCGAGAGUUACUACGAGGGUGCCAGACAGGAGUACGCUGCGGCCAGCGAGGAGGCCGCCAAGGGCCUUUCGGAUCUGAAGGAGACCAUUGUCGGGCGCACACGAGGCCUGUCGCUUAGCACCGCGUUCAAUCCUGGGUCUACAGAACGGAGUAAGGAUGAGACGCCGACGCCUACAGCAACUCGGGCCGGAGAAGGACAAGCAGAAGGGAGUGCGGAUACGAGCACGAAUGAGGGUUUUAUCUCUCGAUUCAAGGCUGAAGCUGCGAGACGACUAAAGGAGAUUGAGAAAGCGGAGGAAGCGGCGGAUGAAGCGAUCCUGCGCUUCGGGAUGACUAUCGGUCAGAAGCUGCGCGAUGCGGUCAGCAUUGUCCCUCCGGAUGCGGAGUCGUCGAACAAGAUUCUCUUCGAGAGUAAAGAUGCCGAGGGCAAGAGGGUGAUUCAUGCGACACGCUUCGAGGCGCAACUGCAUGUGAUCCACUCCAAUCUGGACAGCUUCACCAAGGACCCAGUCAGUGACCAGUGGGCCGCAUUCAAGGAGGAGUUCAAUGUGGACAACAAGACUAGUGCCAUUGCUGCGGAUCUGGAAAAGUAUCCCGAGCUGCGGACAGCUAUGGAAAAGCUUGUUCCCGAACAGGUCGAAUAUGCGACGUUCUGGUGCCGGUACUAUUUCCUCCGUCUCGUUAUCGAGACCGAGGAGCAGAAGCGGAAGGAACUUCUUAAAGGAGCCAAUGUGGAUGAGGAAGAAGAGGUUACAUGGAGCGAUGAUUCUGACGAUGAUACCGACUCUCCCUCGACUCCACAAGGAAAGCCGAACAAGGCAGCUCAGGCUCCUGCUGAGGAGAAGAACACUUUACUCAAACCAAACGAACGUCGCCGCUCGAACGACCAGCAGUCUCAGCCUGACAGUGAGUCCAGCUAUGAUUUAGUCAGCGGCACCACCAGUCGGGCCCCGGGGAGUCCCAAGGAGAAGAGCCCGACAGCUGCGGCCAAGGACGAUGACAGCGACGACGAAGAUUGGGAAUAA